AUGAAGGCCGCUCUUUCGUCUAGAAGCCUUCUGCCGAAGCUGCGGCCUCAUAGUGGCACGGGCCGCAAUGUGUCGUCCAGCUCUUCUGCGAGCUCGUCGAGAGCCGCCGCUCUGGCCAAAGCCGCCGAAGCGUCGACAACAGCCUCCGAGAGGCUAGCAGCGGGAGGACCGCCAAUGAUGGGCUCGUCCUACAGCACAAGACAGAGCGCAAACAGUUUGGACACACACGACGAGAUGAGCGGGCACUUCAGCCUUAGCUCGUCGCAAGCUCGACGUUCCCGAGCAGCUCGAUUCGGUACCAGUCGCCACGCCACGUACGCGUCACCUAGCCUCUCCGAAGUAGCCUCGUCAGAGCAGCCACAACGAACAGCAGAAGAGGAAGAAGAGGACGAUCAGCUCGCUCUGUCGUACGCAUCGCCCACUGGUACGUCCACUUCCUCGAUCUACCUGCCCGAAUACGUCGCCUGGGCCAUCUCGCAGCUUAUCGCUGCUGCCAACGACCCCAAGCUUUUACGUGCCGACCAUCUCAAGUUGGCGCACCUCACCGAUCCGCAAGAACACAUGGCAGAAGCAGCACACAUCCCACCCAAACGAUCGUCUCUGCUCCAUCUGGCGACCGUCUCGCCGCAGCGUUACGCCGCGAUUCUUGCUGUGCUCUCCGAGGUUCGUCAGCGUCUGUCGACUCGAAGUCCCGUUGAGGGAUCCGCCGAAGAAAUGGAGCAGGCUCUGCCUCGAUGGACGCCCAAAACCGUGCUUGACUUUGACUGUGCUGCUGGCGAAGGGUUGUGGGCCGCAGCGCAAGUGUUCAGGGAGGAGGAGCCUACCUCGGGCAGCUCCACAUCCGUACAACAGUAUCACGGCUUCGAUCGCCGACCUAACCUGCUCAAGAGCGGCAAGAAGGUGGCGCAGAGCUCUGCAUCCAACGCCUCCCCCGCGGACCCUCCAAAGGCCGAGAGAGAGGUCAAGCUCAAGGACGAAGGCGAGGAAAUCGAAGUUGAUGGACGCACCUACUACGAGCAGGAGUCUGCAGAAGCGGUCAAGCCCGCCGAGACUGAAGAUGCUGACUCGGAAGAAGCCACCGAAGACCAGCCGACACUAGACUACUUUACCGGCCCCAAGUCUGCCAUGGCCUCUGUCUCCAAGACGUUCCAAUCCGUGCCCCUGUCCAAAGACCUCGUCUCCAUCGGCUCCUCCAGUCGCUCCCUCGCGCUCUCCGCCUUCGCCCUCAGCCUGAUGACCAGCGAUGCGAACCGUUUCGAGGCUGUCUCGGCCAUGUGGGCCUCUGGCGCCUCGGUCAUCGUCAUCAUCGACGCCGCCUCUCCUCGUGGGUUUGCAAGCAUCGCCUCUGCCCGAGCGCAGCUGCUCCAGCUCGGCAAGCAGGACUCCGAGGGCGCGCACGUGGUCGCACCCUGCUCGCACGACAAGCCGUGUCCGCUGCUGCAUCCGUUUGCCAUCUCCUCGUCGGUAGCAGAAGCGGUGGGCGCCAGGGCGGACACGGGCAACCCGGCCAAGUCGAGUGACAUUUGCGGGUUCACAGCGCGUUUCCACACGCCGACCUUCUUGAGAAGAACCAAGCACAGCGAUCGGGGUGAGGAGAAUGCUGGGUACAGCUAUGUGGUCGUCAAGCGUGGGGAGAGGCCGAGUCUGGUUGGUGAGGCGCAGCGACGGCUGGAUGGGGGUGAGGAUGCGAAGGAGGUAGAGGGGAUGGUGAAGCAGUUGAAGGCGGAGGCGGGAAAGACCAAGACGGGGAUCUUGGACCUCCUUCGUGCUGCCAAGCAGGCAAGUGCGGAACGGAGGACACUGCAGGAGGUUGACGCGAAUGCAGCGCUCACCGCGGGUGCUGAUGCAGCGGCAGGCACCGUAGAGGAGGGCUCGGACGACCAAGCAAUGGAGGAGCUUCUCAAGCUCCUUCCGGACGCACUCAAGGCCGAGUUCGCCGCCAACUCCAACGACCCCUCCUCCCCUCCCCAACUGGCGCCCGAGCAGCUCGACGCCAUCAUGGCGUCCAUCCGCACCACCAUGCCCACCACCACCACCACCACCUCCUCCUCCUUCUCUUCCCCACCCGCCCUAGCACCGAACGAGGACGGCACCAUCACCCUUCCCGCCCCCUCCGCCGAAUCGGAGCUGGCCAUGCGACUCGAAUCCUACUCCUGGCCGCGUCUCAUCAAGUCUCCGCUGAAAAAGGGGGGUCAUGUGACGCUCGAUGCCUGCUGCGCCACGGGCAACAUUGAGCGGUUCACCAUCUCCAAGGCGUCGGGCAAGCAGGCGUAUCAGGAUGCGCGCAAGGCUAAGUGGGGGGAUCUGUUCCCGCACCCCUCGCGCUCGCGCUCCGUCGUGAAAGCUCUCAACCCCAUAACGGCUCUGGAGUACUCCGGCGUGGAGGGUGAAGGAGAUCUGAUGGAGAGGCUGGUGCUGCGUGCGCCGAGCAAGCUCAACAGCGGAGCUCAACAAAAGGGCAAGAAGGGAUUCGAGAUCACUGGUCUGGACGAGGACGAGGAUGCAGAUUCCAUCCUAGCCGAGCUGUUUGACGACCUUCCCCCGACCGGUGACAAAAAGGUGGAUCGAGGCGAAGCUUCCUACCGCCUCAUCUCACCCAACCUCGUCACACCCACCAAAAAACAGGUCAAACGACUCAACAUCAAUUACGCCAACAAGUGGGACCACGGUGGCAACAAGACCAGCGCCAAGUUGACCAAGACCAGAACGAAUGUCGUCACACGCCAAUCACCGAGGUUUGGCGAAGACGAGGGAGAUGGGUUCCAAAGCAGUUUGCAGUCCAAACAGCCAGGUGGAGGGAAAGUGAGGAGGUCGUCGAGGAAGAAGAGUCGGGGCGAUUGGGAUGGCGAGCUCUUCGGCAAUUGA